AUGGCCGAGGGAAGGUUCGCUUCUGUUUACUCAGUUGAAGAAUUCAUUUUAGAAAACAAAAAUACCGCUCAAAAAACUGAAAGAGAUGUAAGAUUGCUUGAAAGAUUUUUGAAAACGAAGGACGAAGACAGGAAAAUUGAAGAUAUUCCAGCGGCUGAGUUGAAUGAAUUCAUUAGCGAAUUUAUCAUCUCCGUACGCACUAAAGUGCGAGUAAGAGUGCGUACGGAGUACGCACUCUUUACAUGACACUAAGUAGUUUGUUGGCAUGGCUUCCUUUAUUGUAAUAUUAAUAUACAUUGAACUUGAUUGAUAUCUGAUGAACACAGGUAAGCUUAAGUGUUAUGAACUUUAUGCACUUUUAUUAACUUGUUGUUGAGAAAUUUUUAAACUACUUUUUACGCUUUUCAUCGCCCCAUUUGUGCUAUUUGUCUACCAAAGACAACACGAAAAAAUCUCAGCACCUAUGAAAUAAACACAUUUAUACAAAUAUUCUUGGUACAUAGAGAUUACUUCAUGGAAAAUGCGCGCGUACGAUUUUCAUUCACUCGUUGAUACGUAUCAGAAAUCUCACUCGUUCGCUGCGCUCACUCGUUCGUUUUCUGAUACUACACAACUCGUGAAUAAAAAUCGUACGCGCGCAUUUUCCAUGAAGUAAUCUAUAUGUACCAAGAAUAUUUGUAUCAACCACUUAGAUCCUUAGACUUGUCUCCACAUUGGUCAUCAAACAAAGUUUCAGCCAGUCAAGCGUUGUUGCAGUUAAUUACAGUUUUAAUUUGUUAAUAACAGCAUACACAGCGACAACAACAAACACUACUACUACUACUACUACUACUACUACUACCUCUACUAAACAGAUCGAUUCUUAAACUAGCCUCCAAAUUGGUCAUUAAAAAAAGUUCCAGCCACUCAGAUGUUGUUGCAGUCAAUUGCUGUUUUACUUUGACAAAAACAGCAGCAACAACAACAAACACUACAACUACUUCUACCGCCACUACU